ACUGUUCAAACAACAGAUCAACUACACAAACGUUGGCGCAAUAAAUUGCCAGGUGUCAUGCUUCUGACCACUCUGUAGUCGCUCGUUGUCCAAGUCCUCGAGCUGAUAAUCUUUGAAAGGUCAAGAUGAAUAACAUCGACGGCUCAGAUCGUCAUUUGAAGACCGAAGAAGCGCCACCUCCCUCUCUGCUCGCGAUCGUACUCGAUACAAAUCCCCACGCAUGGGCACAUCUAACAUCGACGCUCUCCCUCUCAGCCGCCCUGGCCAACAUACUCAUCUUCAUCAACGCACACUUGGCGUCCGGAAACGCAAACGAGGUAGCUGUCAUAGCGGCACACUCGCACAAGACAAGCUUUCUGUACCCAACGAAAUCCGAUGCACGAUCCAUACCGAAUGGCGAAACCAACGGAAACACGAAUGUGAACGGCAGCGCGGCUGGGGGGUCAUAUCAGGACAGCCCCAAUAAGUACCGACCCUUUGCCGUUGUGGAGAGUACUAUCUUGCAGAAUUUCGCGAAGCUCUUGGAUAAGACAAACGAGAGUCAUCUGGCCGCGACACCAACGACCCUUAUUGGUGGUGCGCUGUCACUCGCCCUCACAUACAUCUCGAAGUCCACCCUUCUACAUGCGCCAGUCGCCUCGGGUACCGAGAAUGCCAUGGCGGCCCUUGCAGACGCUGAAAACAUUCACGUCGAUCGUGUGUCUCUCACAUCUCGCAUACUCAUCGUCUCGGUAUCUGGAGAUCUCGCCAACCAAUACAUCCCAGUCAUGAACUCGAUCUUCGCUGCACAACGGAAGAAGAUCCCAAUCGACAUCUUGAAGUUAGCUGGUGAUACAGUCCUAUUGCAGCAGGCUAGUGAUGCAACAGGCGGCGUAUAUAUGAAGCCUGAGCGGCCAGAAGGUCUGCUACAGUAUCUCAUGAUGGCAUUUCUACCAGACGUAACAGCACGUGCAAGCCUGGUGGUCCCAAGCGCUGGCGGCGUCGACUUCCGAGCAGCUUGCUUUUGCCACAGGAACGUUGUCGAUAUUGGCUUUGUUUGCAGUGUGUGCUUGAGCAUUUUCUGCAACCCCAACCUACCAGACAAUCUAUGCCUCACUUGCGGGUCAUAUCUGUCGUUACGCGCCGCACUGACUAAUCCGCCUGCUCUGAUACCCAAGAAGAAGAAAAAGAAGAGAAAGGUUGGGACUGACACUGCUACCCCUGGAGGAAGCACACCUGCAGGAUCAAACACACCGUUACACCCUUGAAGAUAUCGUAAUGGUAUACGUCGUAUGUAUAAUGCCUGAGUGGAAAGCAGCGUUUAGAUUGCUCUGGCCCCCUUCGUCGCGGGUCAAAGCUCAGGUUCUCUUAGGCACGGCACCUGCGCACUGCGCCUCAUGCUAUGCCGUUUCAUGAGAUCUUCAC